AUGUUUUCUAUCUAUCUAUCUAUUUUCUUCCUUUCUAUCUAUCUAUCUAUCUAUCUAUCUAUCUAUCUAUCUAUCUAUCUAUUUUCUUCCUUUCUAUCUAUCUAUCUAUCUAUCUAUCUAUCUAUCUAUCUAUCUAUCUAUCUAUCUUCUUCCUUUCGAUCUAUCUAUCUAUCUAUCUAUCUAUCUAUCUAUCUAUCUAUCUAUCAGAGUUUAUUCGUUAUCUAUCUAUCUAUCUAUCCACCUUUCUCUGUCUGUCUGUCUGUCUGUCUCUCUCUCCUUCUCUCUCUCUCUCUCUCUCUCUCUCUCUCUCUCUAUAUAUAUAUAUAUAUAUAUAUAUAUGGUAAGUUAAUCGCUCGUUUGAUGCCUUCCCAUUCUCAUAAAAGAACUCGUCUUGAGCAUGUGGCCAAUUUCACAACUGCAUUUUUCCUCCACGCACUCUCUUCAAAACUUAUAGAAUUAUAA